AUGAAUCAGGAUGAAAUUGAAUUAAUUUUCAUAGAACAUUUCAGGUCCAUCUACCCUUCAACAAAGCCUGAAAUUCCAAGUGAGCUAGAAGAUCUAUUUCAAAGGCAAAUAUCUGAACAGGAAAAUGUUUGUCUAACAAAAGUGCCAAAAGAAGCGGAGAUCUAUGAGGCACUAAAGAAAAUCCCAAACUACAAAGCUCCAGGUCCAGAUGGUUGUAAUAUAAAGGAAAAUUCAAUCAUUGCUCAUGAGCUGCUUCAUCAUCUCAAAAAACUGAAAGGAAAGAAGGGUCAAAUGGCAAUCAAACUAGACAUGGAGAAAACAUUCGACUUUAUAGAAUGGGAUUUCUUGUUUGCAAUAAUGAAAGCAUUGGGAUACAGCAACAAGUGGAUCAAUCUCGUCAGAGAGUGUAUAACAAUGGUAACCUUCUUGGAACUUAUAAAUGGCUCCCCUCGUGGUUUUUUUCAUGCUGAAAGGGGACUCAUACAAGGUGACCCAAUCUCACCUUUCCUAUUCAUUCUAUGCACUGAAGUCCUAUCAAGAUUAAUUGCUAGAUCAGAAGCUAUGGGAACCAUAAAAGGGCUCAAAUUAGGCAGAAAUUGUCCGUCAAUCUCACAUCUUCUAUUCGCAGAUGAUCUCAUCAUUUUUGGAAUAGCUGAAGAAACCGUAGCAAGGAAUAUAAGCAGAAAUCUGGAAAAGUACCAGGAAUGGUCAGGCCAACGAAUCAACAAAGAAAAAUCAUCAAUCUACAUUACAGUCAAUGAAUACGAGCUUCAAAAAUUUUUGGUGGGGCACAAAGAAAGAUCAAAAGCACAAGCUCUAUCUAAAAUCGUGGAAGUCGAUCUGUCAACCGAAAAAGGAAGGUGGCUUAGGAUUGAGAUUGAUGGAAAAUAUGAACAUGGCACUGCUAGCCAAGACAGGAUGGGAAAUAAGCCAAGCAAACACCAAUAUAUGGCACUCGCUCCUCACAAAAAAAAAUAUCUGAAGACAAACACUUUCUGGCAGGUAAACGCAAAGGUAGCAGAUUCUAUCUUCUGGAAGAACUUACUAAAAACUCGUAAACUGCUAGAACAAGGUAUGUGCUAUCAAAUUUCCAAUGGAACAGCAGUGAGUGCUUGGACAGAUCCAUGGACACCAUCUCUUGAAAAUUUCAGACCGAAUCCGCUAAGUCAUAUUACGGUCUUAUCUCCAUCACUCAAAGUUUCAGAUUUCAUCAUCCAAGAAUCUCACUAUUGGAACCUGACAAAAAUGAAACUUUUCUUCAGCCACGAAAGCAUCAAAGAAAUCUUGAAGAUACCACUUCCUAGCACAAGAUUAAGAGAUGAUUGCCGCAUAUGGAUCAAAAACCACAACGGGAAAUUCUCAGUCAAAAUAGCUUAUCAUCUGGCAGCAAAAAGCAUCAAUGAUAUCCACGUAAGCAUCUCAAACAUGGAUAAUACUGCUUUUGAGAAGAUUUGGAAGUUAAAAAUUCACGAUCGCCAUAAGCUCCUUCUGUGGAAACUUUCCUGGGAUAUAUUACCCACGAGAGGAAUUUUGAAGAGAUUCUUAUCAUUCAUGCCAACUCUCCUUUGUCCUUUAUGCAAUGAGCAAGAAGAAACUUUGUUCCAUCUCUUUAUAGAGUGCCCAAUCUCAAGAAUCUUAUGGAGACAAAGUAGAUGGCCUUUAAAUCUUUCCUCAGUGGUCACCAACACUAUUCAGGAAUGGAUUACUCUAAUUCUCAAUCCAAAUCAGAAGUUGGGACUAAACCCCCAGGAUGUUCAUCCUUUUCAAAUUUUUGCGGCUCUAAUUAUGGAUUUUACAUGGUGGAUGAGAAAUGAGACAGUCCACAAUCAAAAAGUCAUACCACUGCAGAAAGCAAAAGAACUACUAAUUCCUCAUAUCAGGAAAAUCUAA